AUGCGGAAGCUGCGUGAGCCACACAUGAGGGAGUCGGUGCGAAGAAUCAACUUUCGCCAAUGCUGUCGCGUGGGCAGCGCCACGCUGGACAUGUGCGUGGAGCUUCUGGCAGUGGCCAUGAACUUAAAGCAUGUC